CAUUGCGAAGUUGAGCGCGGGAAACCUUGGGACGCCAUCACGCGCCUUCCUCCUCCCCCACGCCCUACCCCCUCCACGCCACGCCACGCACGCGCCAUGUCCCUCCACAACUACGAGAAGAUCGAGAAGAUCGGCGAGGGCACCUACGGCGUGGUCUACAAGGCCCAGGACCGGGUCACGAGGCGGAUCGUGGCCCUCAAGAAGAUCAGACUGGAGAAUGAGGCAGAUGGGGUGCCCAGUACAGCUCUGCGUGAAAUUUCCCUUCUGAAGGAGCUUGAUCAUGAAAAUAUUGUACGCCUUCUUGAUGUCGUGUAUGGUGAUCGCAAACUCUACAUGGUGUUCGAGUAUCUUAAUCAGGACCUGAAGAAGUUGUUUGACGAGUGUUGUGGCGGCCUGCAGCCAGACCUGGUACGCAGCUACAUGCAGCAACUCCUGAGAGGCAUCGCCUUCUGUCACACUCGUCGCAUCCUUCACCGCGACCUCAAACCACAGAAUCUUCUCAUUGAUGCUAAAGGAUCAAUAAAACUUGCAGAUUUUGGCUUAGCCAGAGCAUUUUGCUUACCAGUACGAGCCUAUACACACGAAGUGGUGACCUUGUGGUACAGAGCUCCAGAAAUUCUUCUUGGGGCAAAGAACUAUUGCACUGCUGUUGAUAUGUGGAGUCUUGGUGCCAUAUUUGCUGAAAUGCUGACAAGAAAAGCUCUAUUCCCUGGUGAUUCCGAGAUUGACCAGCUGUUUCGUAUAUUCCGAACUUUGGGCACACCAGGAGAACAGGAUUGGCCUGGCGUAACUCAGCUACCAGAUUACAAAAGUACAUUUCCUCGCUGGGAAGUGGAUGCCAGUAACUCCCUAGCACAGUUAGUCCCGUGUCUCGAUGACAGUGGACGACAGUUGCUUCUGAGUAUGCUGACGUAUUACCCACGAGAACGAGUGACGGCUAAACACGCUCUGCUGCAUCCAUACUUCAAAGAUUCUCAUCUCAUUCCACCUCCUGGAGUGCGGUAAACACAGUGAAAGUUCUGUGCUAUUAAUUAAAGAAUGCAAAAAUAACAAAAAAAUGUUUAUUGGUUCUUUCGGCUGAUACAUCUACUCUGCACACAUUCUCGAAUUUGGUUAUAUUUUUCUUUUUAUGUGAAGUAUUGACAUGAAGUAUUUAUAUGACAUGAGAAAAUAUUUUUUAAGUUAACAGAUACAAAAGUGUUUUACCAGUGGUGCAUUACAUUAAAAAGUGCUAAAAGUCUUUUAAGUUUGUAAAAAUUGGCUGUGAAAAAAUGUUAGGAGAGGAUACUUUAGAAAUGUAAAGUGACUGGAAGUUCGGUGUAUCGGUUUAAAACAACAAUAAGGUGAUGUACCACGUGAUGUAGAGAAGCCUCUUUUAUUUUCCUCGCUGUAUCUUAUGUCAGUUGAUCAAGUAGACUCCUGAGAAAAUACAGCAAUAAAUUGUGACAGUUUAA